ACGUAGAGCACGCGUCUCUAGGGUUACGGCAAUAAGGGAGAUAAAUGACGCCUCGCUCGGUGACCUGGCAACCCUAUCGGAGGGGAUGACGGAGUUAUCUUGACGUCACUCGAGGGCUUGCCAAGGUAUGUCGUACAACUGCGGCAAAUCGACGCAGUAGUUCGGGCUCGAAACAGAGUGUUGGGGCUGCCUCAUAUCCCUGUCCACUUUUUAAGACCUCCAGCUACCAUGGCUACGACAGUCGUCCGUCAGACUACGACGGUAACAUCGUCCAGCAGUUCGUCACCCGUUGUCGUCAGCUUCAACACGUCCUUCCUUACGAGCAUCGGCGGCCUCUUCACGGUUCUCGAACUGGUUCUUGGGAUCAUCGUCUUCAGCUUGAUGCACAGAUAUGGCGGUGUUUUACAUCCGAGUGGUUUUUUCUUACUGCUCAUAUCGUUCGCCUAUUGGUUGAUGUGCUUCUAUUUUCUGCUCUCGGCAAUGCUCUCCAUCACAGGAUCGCUGCUGCCUUCGACAUUUUUUUUUUUCCUCUUCCAUGCGUUUGGGUUCGUCCUCUACAUCAGCGGUGGCAUCGCAGUGCUUGCGGUGUUCACAGUGAAUUCAUCUUAUUUUGGUGGCAUCAUAGCGGCAGGCGUUUUUGCGUUGAUAGCGGCGGUCUGUCAUCUCGUCCACGUUGCAUUUUUGUACAAAGGAUCUCGAAUCCAGGGUUGAUCGUGAUUCCAGGGGUUCCAGCCGGGACAAGAAGUGUUGUUACUUUUGAGCUCACCUAAGGAUUAUGAUAGUGUCAUAUCAUUUCUUUUGCGCUGUGCUUUAUUCCACAAGUGCUAGGACAUCCUCUAAGACUUAGGUAAUUGGAGAUCAACGCUGCUUCAAGCUAACAGUCACAAAGUUGUUAAAUAUCCAUGUCUGGAUUUUCCGACAAUUAUCGUAAAAUUGUCUAUAGGACGGCUAUUAAAGUUCUUGUGGAAUACAUAAAAAUGAAUGUAUGAUUAAAUACUGCGUUGCUUUCAAGUUACGAUAACACAAGGUUAAACUGUGUGAGUGUCUUUGCGUAUAUUGUUCAAACAUGUAUAGGUAUUUCAGAGUUGCUAUUAAUGUUUAAUAAUGCAUCGAGCAUGGACCUCAUGAAGUGCGGCCUCCGCUUGAACGUUGAUAAACCUUUAGUUGUAACCCUGAUAGUGUUCACUGCUUACUUAAUAAAAAUCGGCGGGCCCAUGGUUUCCAUAUAACUUUUACUUUAUAUCCACAAAAACAUUUUGUAACGGAGACAAUUAGUCAGCAAAAAAUGAGAAAUUAAAAAUUGCUCACUGUAAUAACUAAUAUAACGUUUAGUUAACGUUUUGAACGCUCUCUUUACACGCGUGUGUGUAAGCUUUGUUUAUUACUUUUAGUGUUUAGAGGCUAUGCAGCAGUGCAAAAUUGGUAUGCAACGGAAAUGGAAAUCCACUGUCACCUGUCUUACUUUUUCAGCGUAUUCCAAGAUGGCAUGCAGAUGAACGAGUAUUCAGUGUGCAUUCAUUGGAGUGUGCGAUGCUUCUACACAAUCAGCUCACGUGCCAUUGGUGUAGUUGAAAACAUUGAGAGCUGAUUUUACAAUGUGAUUUCUUUACAAAGGAGCUCUCGAUCAGUACAUUUUUUUCAUCAUUCUAAAAUUGUAAACAGGAUCCAAAAAAAAAAAUGGUACGUAACGGUUUUUUCUGAUUUGAAAUAAAUAGUUCGAAAACACAGUGUUCUAAGCAUCCCCCAAAAAAUUGAAUUGUUUAAAAUCCUAGUCAGCUAUAUUUAUUAGACAAUAAUGGGCUGACCAGUGUUUUAUCAACACAGGACCGAUCGUCUGUAAUGGAAAUCAUAACAGUCUUUCUUCCAGAACGUCGCCUAAUGCUCGCUAGUUACGUUUUACUAUCAUAGACUGUUUUCGUUUAAUGUUGUUCGUUUAUUUUCCCCACUGCCAAUAUUAUUACCAUGCGUUCUGAAAACAAAAAUGUUACAACCAUGAACUCUACACAGAAAAAGGAUGGUACACGAUCGGGGAAAUCACAAGCCAUGUCCCGUCGUGAUUGAUCUCUUGAAGUUGUUCUAUCUCGUACAAAACUCUGUUGACAUGCAUAUUGUGUGCUAUAUUGAGUCUCGGUCGACGCAAUAAAACUAAUUAACCAGU